AUGGCUAUGUACUUCGUGCUUCGCCGCGCAUCCUCAUCAGUAUUGCCACUGGCAUUUCGCACCAUGGCAUCUCCUAGAAACUCCCACUACGCUGCCUCUGCUGUUCGUACGGCUGGAAUCAGUCAUCGUCUCAUUGAAAGGAUCCUUCUACCCUCCGUGCGCUUAGCUAAUUCCUUCGCUUCAAAGACGAAUGCCGAUGAAAGUCUUCUUGGAGUCCUUGAAACUGAGAUUCAAUGCGCCGAAGAGGAGGAACAUGAACAAAUCUUUAUUAAGGUGGAGGAAGUGCCAAACGAUUUUCCAUUUUCAAUUGAAGACAAUCCUGGUGAGAGAACCAUUCUCCUUAAGAGACAAUAUGAGGAUGAAACCAUCAUAGUGCAAGUUGACAUCCCAAAUGUAGUGGCGGAGGAAGAUGAGGAUGAGGGUAAUGAUGAGGAGGAGAAGCGUGAUGAAUCUAGCAUUCCUUUAGUUGUAAAUAUUUCCAAACCAAAUGGGGUCACUCUGGAGUUUGGUGUGACUGCAUUUCCUGAUGAGAUUUCCAUAGAGAGUUUGUCCAUAAAACAGUCAGAGGAAUCAGAAGACCAGCUUGCAUAUGAGGGACCUGAGUUCCAUGAUCUGGAUGAAAAUUUGCAAAAGGCGUUCCACAAGUAUCUUGAGAUACGAGGGAUCAAACCCAGCACAACUAACUUUAUGCAUGAAUAUAUGGUCAACAAGGACAGCAAAGAAUACUCCAUGUGGCUGAAGAAUCUGAAGAAAUUUAUUGAGACAUGAUUUAGAACUAUUUUUUAUUACGAGUGGUGAACCCCUCGUCGUGUUCAGGAUUCAUUCAUAACCGUUGUUCUCAUGUUAUGAUAAGUGCUGGAGUAGAUUAUUGAUUUUGAUCAACUGUUUAGGGAGACAGUUGCUUUGGAUGGUUCAAAGUUAUCUUAGCCUCUUGUAUGUUUUUGAAUUCCUAAUUUCCUUCCAUAAGAUGGUCAGAAGAGUAUAGUUUACCAUGCCCAAAUCUGAUAAAUAACAUUCAGCUGUUUAGGAUUUUGAA